GGAUGACGUUACGUGGAGACUGUGGAGGAUCCAGUUUGUCCUCGCGCACAGUCUAUGCUGAGAGCAGGUCAAUCAGUAAUAUCUUUAAUUAGGCGUCAUGUGUGUGGGUGUGUAAUAUGAGCGUGUCAGCUGACCCGAAUGACAGAACUUUCAGCUUUUCGUAUGCGUCGGUUGUCUGUAUCAUGGCUGUGACACUUUGUGUUGUUUUCAUACUUCUGGUUUCUUUCCACGGCUGUGAUGGGAACCUGAGCUUCGCCUCCUACUAUGGAGACCACAUGGUGCUGCAGAAGUCUCCGGACAGAGCUGUGUUGUGGGGGUUUGGUCCUGAGAAUGAGCAGGUCACCGUCUUCUUAUCAGGACCAGUGACACAGAAAACUUUGGUCACAGUCACAGGAGGCAUCUGGCGAGUCACUCUAGACCCUGUCGAUGCUGGUGGUCCCUACAAUGUGACAGCAAGUUCUUGGGGCAGCAAAGCUACACUGACAGACGUGCUGUUUGGUGAUGUCUGGCUCUGUGGAGGGCAGAGCAACAUGUUCUUUAAAAUGUCUGAGAUUUUCAAUGCAUCAGAGGAACUGGCCCUCUCGGCUAACUAUCCUCAUGUGAGACCUUUCAUGGUAGCCUUGAAGAGGAGUGAAAUUGAGCUACUUGAUCUGAUUCAAGUGGAACUCCCCUGGUUUGAGCCCACAGCAACUGCUCUCAGAGAGUUUUCUGCAGUCUGCUGGCUCUUUGGACGUUACAUGCAUGACAAGUUGAAGUACCCCAUAGGACUAGUGGAGUCCUGUUGGGGAGGCACACCAGUCGAAGCCUGGUCAUCUACAAGAGCCCUGCAGAAGUGUGGACUGGAAAAAACUGAAGACGUUGACAUAGAGAGCAAUUCUGUUUUGUGGAAUUCAAUGAUCCAUCCACUGCUCAAUAUGACCAUCAGAGGAGCCAUCUGGUACCAAGGUGAGGCAAAUGCAGUCUAUCAUCAGGACAACUACAACUGUUCCUUCCCUGCUAUGAUCGAUGACUGGAGGAUGGCAUUUCACCACGGCUCAGGGGGGCAGACGGCUCUCGACUUUCCCUUUGGGUUUGUCCAACUGUCCACCAACAAAAAAUACUCCACAGAUAACGGCUUUCCAAACAUCCGCUGGCAUCAAACGGCAGACACUGGCUUUGUCCCGAACCCCAGGAUGAAGAAAACCUUCAUGGCUGUGGCUUUGGAUUUACCAGAUGAAACUUCACCCUACGGCACGAUCCAUCCACGAGACAAACAGGAUGUAGCUUACAGACUGACACUGGGUGCCAGGGCAGUGGCUGAUGAUGAAAGGGACGUGACCUUCCUUGGACCUUUCCCCAGCCAAAUCGCGUCCAAUCAAAUGUACGUCCACGUUACCUACGACCAAAAAAUCUCGGUCACGCCGUCCCAUGACAUUUUUGAGAUCUGUUGCUCAGAGAUAUGGGCUCCAUGCAGGCCUGACUCCCUCUGGCUUCCAGCUCCGAUCAUACAGUGGGGUCCAAACACCAUCCAGUUAUCUGCAGCUCAGUGUCUGUUCUCCGGGGAAGUCGCUGCUGUUCGAUAUGCAUGGAAAGACUGGCCUUGUGACUUUAAAGCCUGUCCAGUCUAUGGUGACAGUGGGAUUUUGCCUGCACCUCCUUUCAUUAUCAGUCGCUAUGGGGACAAAGCAAGCAUGUGGAAAAGCUACUGAGCCAGAAACUGGGAGAUGGUAUUAAAAAAAAAAAAAGAUCAUUUAUGUUUAAGGUUCUUGAAGUUUAGGUGAUUGGGCAGAAGUGUAGCGGGGUUUAUCUAAACUUACUGUAAUUUCAAGACUUGACAAACGGUGCAGAGAUUAAAUUACAGCAAUACUGACAGCAAGUAGAAUUUAGAUCAUUUGUCACCUUUUCACUGAGAAGUCCAUUUUGAUUAGUCACUUAGUGGUUCAAUCAAUUUCCAUUUUUUUAACAAAGAAAUCAAUAUAUUGUUUGAGAGUGGGGCAGUCGGCCCCAUGAACUACAAAAAAAGUCCCACUUCAUACUGUCUGAAUAUCACGUUUAUCCUGACAUGCAUUCAAAGUUGUCUUUGCCCCAGUUUAUCACAAAGUGAUAUCCAUUUGUUCAUUCCAAUGUCUUGUCUUACCAGAAUGAAUGACCUUUACACCGAUGCUACUACAUUUGUCUCAGGCUGAACUCAACAGCAUUUUUAUAUAUUUUUAAAAGGUCAUUCUCUUAUAAAAACACUGAAAAUGUCUGUAUAAUUUUGAUGUGAUUGUUUCUUUUAUAUACAAUAUAUUCUGGUGCAACCACUGCAAAUAAAUACUAAACUGUGA